AUGUCGUCCCGUCAGCUGCAGCAGGUGAAGGCUUCGCACAUCUUGAUCAAGCACGAGGGGUCCCGGCGGAAGGCCUCCUGGAAGGAUCCGGACGGGGUGAGGAUCCAGAGCACGAGAAGGGACAGCGCCGUUGCGCAGCUCAAGGCCCUUCGGGAGGAGAUCAUCUCAGGCUCGGCGACGUUCGAGGACGUCGCCUCCCGCCACUCCGACUGCAGCUCUGCCAAGCGUGGCGGGGAUCUUGGUAAGCUUGUUACAUGAAAUCUUUGUUGCGGUUACGCUAGCAUCCGUAGACACUGGGAAUCGAAUUUUCCUUCCAGGGGUGAAUGGAUCGCAGAUGUCCGCACAUCGGGUAAAGAAUUAGGUCGAAUAUUCUCAUCCGAGUUUGCUAGGUCACGAUAGAUCUCCCAUUCACGGCCUCAUAAAUUAUUAAUUAUAUUUUUUUUGGGAGGGGGACUGCAUUUGUUAAUUACCUUUCUCCAUUAAGUGAUUUACGGGAGACAUUCCCGGUAAGCGGUGAGUGUGAGAGAAAUAAAGAGAAUGAUGGUAAACUGUUGUUCUGGGAUUAUUAGCGUUUGGACAAUAACAAAAUAUAUCGGAGGAUGCCUUUUUUUCGUAUCCAUCGUGGCCGAAGUAAGAUUACGUUGUUUUUCAUAUUUUGGCCGUGUUAAACAAAGAGAGAGAUCACACCAGUUAAGAGACUUUGAUUUGCAUUGAUUGCCUAAAAAUUUACCUGGUUAUGAUAGAUUUGUGUGUUUUAAGUUAGUAUGUACUUUUUGAAUGGUCAGUACCCUCUUAUCAAUGUUUUCCUGUCCUCUUUUAAAUUGCUUGUUCUAUUUCUGAUCGUAUGAAGCAGGUGAAUGGUUCUCAUGUAUGUGGAUAACAACUAAGCCAGAGACGAAUUUUUUUCCUUUUUCAUGCUAUCCAUAGUCUCCUUUGUAGUAAUUUUCAUGUCACAUAUUUGGGGCUUAAGGAAAAUCUUUGGGAUAAUAAGUAAUUUGGAAAUGUACUUUGGUAAGAUAAUCCCCUGAGUCGUUCACAUUUAUAUCCUAUCGUAGGCCCUGACUUCACUUUUUAUGUUACUAAUAUCUGCACAUCUACAAGUUGGAUUUAAAUUCAACUUUUUCUUUUAGAACUGAGUUGAUUUCAGUUAUCACUAACAUCAGUGUUAGUGAAGUUUUCUCUCUCCCCCUCUCUAUCUCACUGCUUCUUCAUUCUCUUUCUUUCUCUCACACUCACCGCUUACCAUCUCUCUCUCUCUCUUAUUGCCCCCCUUCACUCUCUUCCUUUCUCUCACUCUCACUAGUACCCAUCUAUUUGUAGCAUCUCUCUUUCUCUCUUGCUUACUCUCUCUCUCUCUUGUGUACUCUCCCUCUCUCUUAUUCACUCACUCACUCACUCACUGUCGGCAGCAUCAUCAAUUUAUUUCAAUACUUUAAAAUUGGGCCAUUGUAGGUGUUUAACCAGAUACUAUCAAUGGCUAAUGGAGUGCCAUCAUGUUAAAUUUCUGAUUCCUUGAAGAGCCCAUUCCUGGUUCCACUUUGGAACAAUUUUUUUGUGCUUGUAAUCUCAGCCCAGGUUUGCUCAUUGUUCUUCAUUUUCUGAUUAAUGGGUCUCCUGGCAUUUGUCUAAGAUUCAAAUGGCCCUAUGUUUAACUUGUAGAUAAUAUAACUGGUUGUGUUGGCAUGCUAUGACAUCCUCAGUCAAAUGCCUCUAGUAGACCCUGGGUCACAUGUUACAGUUUAAGCAGUGCAGAUGGAGCUCUCUCUUCUGACGAUCCAGAAGGAAAUCUAAGUGAGGAUCUUCCUAGCCAUCUUUUCACUGUAAUACACAGCUUUCUCCAGAUGUUAUACUUCCUCGUGUUCAACUUCGUUCAGUUGUAAGAUUCUGGGUGGUGCCUUUGACCAUGUUACUGGUGGCCAUUGAUGCUUAGCAUGCCUGAAGGUGCCUUGGUGUUCUUUGUACUCUUCACAUCUUUCUAUACACCGACAUCAAGGAUUUAACUGACCUUUGGGGAAGUAGGUCGAUGAAUUUAGCCUGAUUCCUAUAACUUCUCACAAAAAAGGGUAUUUAAAAUAAUACUGAUAAUAAUAAUAAUAAUAGUUUUCCCAUGUUUUGGAUUUCCCUUGACCUUUGACUCAUCUCCACAUCACAUUCAAGCUACUGUAGAUUGACCCAUUGGUGGCAUGUGAAGACAUUACAUAAAUCCCUUCAGCCUUCGAAGUGUAGAUAUAGAGGGGGGGGGGGUAUGUAUGCAUUCAUGGGGAUGAUGGAAUCUCAAUGAGCGGGAGAUCCUCCGCCUCUUGUUUGGCUCUCCUUCGUGUCCUGAUUCCUUUGAUUCCUCUUUCAGGCCCUUUCAAGCGAGGCCAGAUGCAGAGGGCCUUUGAGGACGUCGCAUUCUCCCUGAACGUUGGGGAGAUCAGCGACAUCGUGGACACGGAUAGUGGGGUCCACAUCAUCCUGAGAACCGCCUGA